AUUUUGGUUCGAUCGAUAUUAUAAAAGGUACGUCUAUCUCAAAUCCUGCAGACCCUCAAUACACCGUUGUACCGCAAGUGCUGUGGGGUGUAAAUAUGAGCAAUUACCACUUACCAAUUUAAUACAUCUUUCGCGAACUUUUUUUUUAACGUAAAUAAGGCUUAAAUAAAUUGCAAACGAGCUGAGAGAGAAAUUGAGAAGUUAGGUUAUGCAUAUUUGAUGAAUUUUUUAAUAUUUUUGGUAUUUCAUAAGCCAACCAGGAGAAUAUUUGUUCUGGGUUUUCCAAACGUGUUAUCCGAAGUGAUCCGCUUUCUUCUGCUGGUGCUGGUUGUAGAGGCUCUUCUACGACUUUCAUUUUCAAUAAAAUGACUCUUUUAAGAAUUAUUUUAUAUCUUAUCGCUAUAGGGGACGAAGAAUUCACUCUAUUUGCUCCAAAGUUGACGAAUAUUUAAAGGCUUUAGAGGUUUGCUCCCUGAAAGAAAAACAUACGCGUCUGAUACGAUGCUCAAACGAGGCCGGUUUUUUUUUUUUUUUUUUUUUUUGCAAGACAUCGCUGAUUGACAAGCAAGAAUUUAGUUAUUAGUGAGAUAAUUGAGCAAAAAGUGGCUCUUCUCCCUGAAGGAAAAUUGCAAACUUCCGACUGAAAAAAAAGAUUUGGAUAAAUCCGAAAAAUCAUGAUUAAGAGAAAGGCUCUUUAGCGAAUUGCAAAGUUAAAUGGAAAACUCUUCCUACAGUUUAUCGAGUGCAUUUCAAGAGACGUACAAAGACUGUGAUUUAGUGAAUUCAAUAAAUCAUGUCCUACACCAUAUAUGAUACGGGGUAUAUUAAGUUUGUGCGGACGUAUGUAGCACGGAGAAGGCCUUAAGAUUGACCCGCCUUUUAUUAUACCCAUCGCUUCAGAAUCAUUUUCCGCAUUGAUGUAAGCUUGAUGUCCGUCCAUGUAAACUUAUCCCCAAGCUACAGAUCCCAACUUUUGAGAUAUUUUGAUGAAAAUUGGUAUUGCUAAAGUGCUUUGACCCAAGGACGAACGAUAUUGAAAGUGGUUUGGAUCGCCCACUUUUUCGCCUGCUCUCCAUAUAACACCCUAUUUUGAAGUAUAUGAAAAAAUCCCAAUUUUUAAAAUUUCUCUAAGUAAAAGUAUUUCGGCGUUCCAAAUUGAUGUGAAAACUUUGGACAGGCUAGGGCUAUUUUGUUGAAACCGAUCUGAGGUGAAGUUCGUUUGACAAAAUGAAAUGAUGAAAAUUAGAUCAUAAUACUAAUUUAAGAUAAAAAAAAAAAUUAACUGUACCGAAUUUGGACUACCUCGGUCUACUUUUUGGAUUCUACUCUAUGUAAGCAUUUUAACUAAAGUGUAUAUUUGUUAAAAUGCUAUGAGGAAAACUGACUCAUAAUAGUAAUUUGAUAUAAAACUGAUCUCUACAAAAGUGAGAACACCUAUGCCUAUUUUUGGAUCCCACUCCAUUUCACAAAAAAAAUUUUCCUUUAAAGUAGAAAAGAACAAGUUUUAAUAUUUUAUGAUGAAAAUUUAUUCAUAAUAGCAUUUUGAUCUAAAAAUUAACUAUGCUGAGUUCAUGUAAAAACAAGGUGUAAUUUUUGUAUUCUAUGGCAAAAAUAGGAAUUGUGUUCGACAACGCGGUGUAAGAGUAUUUAAUAGUCGCCCUAGUCCAACUAUAAUCUUUUCACUUGCUUUGACAGCAUUAUGGUAUGAUGAAGGCGCGACUUUACUGCUCCCUGCGCUUUUCAAAUCCGUAGCGUAGCUAGCGUUCAAGUACACGUGCAUGCUUUGCAUUUACUUUUGUAUGCAUAUAUUUAAUACAUUGAUACAUGUAUAUAAAUACAAACACAAAAAACAAAAUUCACCCACUUGUGCUAUUUAUAAAACACAAUUCACACGCAUAAGCAAAUAUUUGUGCAAAACUGUCACAAUUACUAGUUUGUUGUUGAUAUUGCGAAUGGUGGUAGUAGUAGUCGUACUAGUAGUAGUAGUAGUAGUAGCGAGGUAUUAGCUUCGUAGUGUGCUAGUAUGAAUUUCUUAUCACUGAUGUGCAAGAUUAAUCUUAAACUCCGUCAUAAACCAAUGCUUCCACAUGCGAACAAACGCAAGAAUAUAUGCAUAGACAUACACGUACAUACAUGUGCACACACAUACAUACAUUGCAAAUACGAGCAUCUAUAUAAACACUGAAAAUAUUUCACCUAAUUGCAAGUACAUAUUACACGACUGACCGCUGCUGUCAGUUGCUGAAAGCGGUAAAUAAAAUCGCAUAUUUAGAAAAAAAAAAAAAAAAGAAAAGAUUUUUAUAAACACACAACAAUUCAAUUAAACCUCAAAGAUAUUGCUGAGUCAAAAGAAUAAAAAAAAGAGAGAAAAAAACCAAAUAAAUUACAAAAAAAUAUUAUAGUAAAACGUACAAAACGUGAAAUGUUUCCAAAUCAUGUCCUGUCACUGAGACUGCUAUUAGUAUCGGCUUUAUUGUUGUUGCAAACAGUUUCCGCACGAAAUAUAAACACCAACAGCACGUCCUUACGAUCACAUAGAAAUAUUACAAAAGAUAUUCCAGCCUGUCAAAUCUAUUGCUAUGGUCGACUGCUAGACACUGUACAGAUGGCUCAUCUGUUUAGAGAUUCAAAAACAUUCGUGGACAUGAAAUUAAAGUUGCCGCCCGAGCAAACAAAUGCCAAUUUCGAAACUUUCAUGAAGAAAACGGAUAAUGCACCGUCCAAAGAGCAAUUGCGAGCGUUUGUUACCGAACAUUUCGAUGAUUUGGGUAAAGAAUUCGUACCAUGGUUGCCAGAUGAUUGGAAGGAGCAUCCAGCAUUUAUAGAUCAUAUUAACGAUCCCGAUUUAAAGCAAUGGGGUUUAGAUUUGAACGCCAUUUGGAAAGAUCUAGGGCGGAAAAUGAUUGAUGAUGUUUACAAAAAUCCACAUUAUUACUCUAUCAUACCGAUACCAAAUCCUGUGAUAGUGCCGGGGGGUCGUUUCAGGGAAUUCUAUUAUUGGGAUUCCUAUUGGAUUAUCAGAGGUUUACUGUAUUCCGAAAUGAUCCAUACUGCCCGCGGCAUGUUAGAAAAUUUUAUUUCAAUAGUACAACGUUUUGGUUUCAUACCAAAUGGCGGUCGCAUAUACUAUUCAAAACGUUCACAACCUCCCCUGCUGGCAGGUAUGAUUAAAUCUUAUGUGGAUUUUACUAACGACGUGAAGUUCGGUAUUGACGCUUUAGACGUGCUUGAGCACGAAUACGAAUACUGGAUGAAUAAUCACGUUGUACAAGCGAAAGAUUAUGAUCUCUGCGUAUACGGUGAUAGCUCGACUGGUCCCCGGCCAGAAUCGUAUCGUGAAGAUGUGGAAACAUCUGAAGCGUUCAGCACGGAUGAAGCAAAAGAGAAGCAUUAUAAAGAGUUGAAGGCAGCUGCUGCAUCUGGUAUGGACUUUAGCUCACGUUGGUUUAUAACUGAUAAAGGCGGGAACGAUGGUAACCUCACUGAUCUCAACACACGUUCAAUUGUUCCUGUGGAACUGAACGCUAUACUUUUUUGGAAUGCCAAAAUUAUUGCUGACCUGCAUGGAGCAGCGAAUAAUAUCGCAAAACGGAACGAAUAUCAAACAAAAGCUAACAAAUUUUUAGAGGCCAUUAACGCUGUUCUUUGGAACGAGGAAGCCGGCGUUUGGCUCGAUUAUGAUUUACUAAAUGAAAAGCCACGUGACUAUUUUGUACCCACCAAUCUGUCACCGUUAUGGACCGGAGCGUUUGAUAGCACGGCCAUUGAAAAAUUAUCCACUUCAGUAUUAAAAUAUAUAGAAAAAUUGCAACUAGAUAAAUAUCCGGGAGGUGUGCCCAACACUCUUUAUCGCACUGGCGAACAGUGGGAUUUCCCCAAUGUUUGGCCCCCAAUGCAAUAUAUCCUUAUAGAAGGUUUAAAUAAUCUAGGUACAGAAGCUGCAAAAAGUCUAUCCUCCAAGUGGAGUCAUCGAUGGGUGUUAUCAAAUUUUGCAGCCUAUCGUGACAGCAGGGCGAUGUUUGAAAAGUAUGAUGCCGAACGUUUCGGGGGCCAUGGUGGUGGCGGCGAAUACGAAGUACAAAAAGGUUUUGGUUGGACUAAUGGCGUUAUAAUUGAGCUUCUGAGCAAGAAUGGCAACGGAUUUCUCUCAACUUCAACAAGCAAAAGUUGCAGUAAUUAUCCAGGUGAUACGCCGCCUUAAGCGCAGAGGAUUUUCAUAUUGUACUUUAUUAUUUAAGUUGUACAUAUCAUUGAAUAGUUUAUUCAAACUUUUUUUGCAAGUGCAGCAAACAUGUUUGAAC